AUGGGUGUGGCCUGCUGGCAGCUCUACUGCCUGGAGCACGGCAUCAGACCCGAUGGGACUCUGCCCAUGUGCGAGACCGAUGCGAACGCGGCCGAUUCCUGCUUCAAUACGUUCUUUUCGGAGGCGGAUAGAGGCAAGAUGGUGCCCAGGGUCGUGAUGGUGGACUUGGAGCCUACUGUUAUUGACGAAGUGCGAUCUGGUGAAUAUCGCCAACUAUAUCACCCAGAGCAGCUCAUAACUGGUAAAGAAGAUGCAGCCAAUAAUUACGCGAGAGGACACUACUCUACUGGACGAGAGGUUCUCGGGCCUGUUAUGGAGAGGGUGAGGAAGCUGGCUGAUCAGUGCACGGGGUUGCAGGGUUUCUUUGUAUUCCAUUCAUUUGGCGGAGGCACGGGAUCUGGUUUCACAUCGCUGUUGAUGGAGAAGCUCUCUGAAGAAUUUGGCAAGAAGAGCAAACUGGAGUUUGCCAUUUAUCCAGCUCCUCAGGUGUCAACAGCUGUAGUGGAACCAUACAAUGCAGUGCUGACGACUCAUGCUACCAUCGGCCACUCGGACUGUGCUUUCAUGGUGGACAACGAGGCCAUAUACGACAUUUGCCGACGGCGACUCUCUAUUGAGCGGCCGUCCUAUGCCAAUCUCAAUAGACUUAUUUCUCAGGUUGUUUCAUCGAUAACCGCUUCGCUGCGAUUUGACGGCGCCCUCAACGUGGAUCUGACGGAAUUCCAGACGAAUUUGGUCCCGUAUCCGAGAAUACACUUCCCGUUGGCUGCGUAUGCGCCGGUCGUGUCCUCGGACAAGGCGUACCACGAGGGCAUGUCUGUCUCGGAGAUCACCUCGGAGCUCUUCGAGCCCCAGAACCAGAUGGUGAAGUGCGACCCGCGCGACGGCAAGUACAUGGCGUGCUGCCUCUUGUACCGGGGCGACGUGGUGCCGAAGGAUGUUAAUGCGGCCAUAGCAGCCAUGAAGGGGAGAGCGGGGAUUAGAUUCGUUGACUGGUGUCCCACUGGUUUUAAGGUGGGCAUAAACUACCAGCCGCCAUCGGUGGUCGCCGGCGGAGACCUGGCCCAGGUUAAGCGGGCUGCGUCUAUGUUGAGCAAUACAACGGCAAUCGCUGAAGCGUGGGGCAAGCUGGAUCACAAGUUCGACCUCAUGUAUUCCAAACGGGCCUUUGUGCAUUGGUAUGUCGGCGAAGGCAUGGAAGAAGGUGAAUUCACUGAAGCGCGAGAGGACUUGGCGGCGCUGGAGCGGGACUACGACGAAGUUGCCAUCGAGACGUCUGACAUGCCGCCCGGGUGUGAUGACGAGUUGUGA